CUCCUCUCUAACAAGCAAAAAAAAUUAUAGCUGCAGACUUUUGCAGUGCACAAGAGAAAGAAAAUAGUUUCUCACUCUCUAGAAUUGCCAAGCUUUAAGGUUGAAGUUUGUUGAAAAAGGAUUAAUGUUUAACUAUGUUUAGUAAUGACACUAAAUGAUUUUCUCUAAGUAAUUUAUUUGAGUUGUUUCUUUCUUCAUCAAAAUUGUAAUGGAGUUUUGGUUUUAACUUGAAUGGUUUCUGGGUUUGAAGAUAAAUUCUUUCUGGGUUUAGGGUUUUGAUUUUGGAAUUGUUGGUGGUAGUUCAUGGAAAGUUAAGCAGAAGAGAAGAGAAAUAAAUUUGCUGAAACUGGUAGGUAGAUAAAGCUAUUAAAGACUGGUAGCUGUUAAAAAAAGUUUCUUUAUUGAAACCCUAGGUUGAAUUUGUAUCUCAGUCUUAACAGUCUACGGAUGGAUUAUUGUAAACAAGCCUGAUAUGUUUUGUUAGAGUUUGAUAAUAUUCAUCAACCAUGACUGUUUCUACUUCUGGAGAAGCUAGUGUAUCUUCUUCUGGUGCUCCGCCACCAAUACAACCUUCCUUAACAGCAAAGAAAAAGAGAAAUCUACCCGGAAUGCCAGAUCCGAAUGCUGAAGUGAUAGCUUUAUCUCCGAAAACAUUAAUGGCGACAAAUCGAUUUGUAUGCGAGAUAUGUAAUAAAGGGUUUCAACGUGAUCAAAAUCUACAACUACAUCGAAGAGGUCAUAAUUUACCAUGGAAACUUAGACAAAGAACAAAUAAAGAAAUCCGUAAACGAGUUUACGUUUGUCCUGAAACAUCUUGCGUUCAUCAUGAUCCGUCUAGAGCUUUAGGUGAUUUAACUGGAAUUAAGAAACAUUUUUGUAGAAAACACGGUGAAAAGAAAUGGAAAUGUGAUAAAUGUUCUAAGAAAUAUGCUGUUCAAUCUGAUUGGAAAGCUCAUUUGAAAACUUGCGGUACUAAAGAAUAUAAAUGUGAUUGUGGCACUCUUUUCUCUAGGAGAGAUAGUUUCAUUACACACAGAGCUUUUUGUGAUGCAUUGGCUGAAGAAAAUGCUAAAGCUCAGACCACAACGACAACAAAUUCAAAAUCAUCAGAAGAACAAAAUAAUCAGAUUCAGAAUGAGAAGCAGGUUGUUGUAGGUUCUUCUUGUUCUUCACCACCAUCUACUUCUGCAAUAUCUGCCAUUCAAACUACAGAGUUGCCAUUGAAUUCUACAACAAUCGCAAACAAUAACAAUUCAUCUUGCCGUAAUGAAAAUAGUCCGUCAGUCAAUUUUAGUAGCAACAGUAAUAGUAUGUUUACUAGUUUAUAUCCUUCAUCUGUAGCAUUGCCUGGAAAUUUACAACCUCCUCAGACUACAUCAUUUUCUGAUCUCAUUUGUGGAAUGGGAGGAGGAAGGUCGGAGCGAUCGUCAACUUCAGCUACAGAGCAACCUACUUCACUCUCACUCUCAUCUAAAAAUGGGUCUUCCAUGUUUGCAUCAACAAUGACAUCUAAUCAAGAAAGUCAUCAAUUUUCAUCACCACAGCCAGCAAUGUCGGCAACUGCCCUGCUCCAAAAAGCAGCUCAAAUGGGUGCCGCUGCCACUAGUGCUUCGUUGCUGCGUGGAUUAGGAUUUUCAGUGAGUGGUUCUAGUUCUUCGCAACAGCAACAACAGACAGAGAAUCUACAGUGGGAUACCAGCGGUAGCAACAACCUUCAUCAACAUCAGAUUGAUAACCAUGGUGGUGCUGGACUAUCUGAUGGUCUUGGUGUUCCGUCUUCAUUAUUUGGUAGAAAACCAGCCACAUUGGAUUUUCUUGGUCUGGGUAUGGACAGAGGAGGUGGCGGCAGUAGUUUUUCGUCCCUCAUGAACUCGGUGGACGCAAAUCUGAAUAUUGCAAAUGCUGCUGGGCCAUUUAGAGAUGUUAAUUCAGGAAACACAGCCAAAUGAGAGCCCUCCAAAUGUAAUUCCAUUUUGGUAUAAUUGUCCAGUGAUACGAGGUUUUGUUCUUGUUCUUGGUGUAGUUUUAAUUUCGGUGAAUCAAUAGAAAUUAGAUGUAUAAUCUCUGUUAGUACAGUUAAAAGUUGUAAAAGAAAAAUGCUUGUUCAAAAUAGAAAAAUAUAUGUCAAACUUUAAUCGAGGUUCAA